GGAAAGGUGCGAGCGUUGCGCGCACGCACGUUGUUAGUGAUUGUUUUAUAAAUUAACUUUUUAUGUGGAUACGUUCGCGGACGAAGAGAGAAACUGUUUAGUGAACAUUUGCUUACAUUUAUAAACAUUUCAAAGAUAGAUAUUUAGUGGACGUUACCUGUUUUAUAGAAGUACAGGUACGAGUGGAAUUUCUUAACACAUAAAACGAGUUUUCUUCCCAUCGGCUGUAUGGAUUUUGUAAUUCGCAUAAUUUAGUAAUAUUCUAUCGUUCGUACGUAAUUUAGGUGUGUUCGAGUGGAUAUUAGACUCAAUCUUCGAGUGUUUUUUGUUGGAAUCCAAUUAGAAAGAAUUCAGUGUGGAAGUGAUCCUAAAAACGGACUGCUCAAAGCAAAACGAUAUAGUCGACGAAAACAGCUGGCUGGAAAAAUGACGCGCAGAAGAAGAUAGCGUUCCAUUUUCAAAAAUUCAAAAGUGCCAUGUGUGGGUGACAGUGUUGAUCACAAUGAGUGAUUGAAAAUAAAACAAAAAACAAAAUGGCGUCGAUAUCGCGAGUGACACUAGUGAGUGUGGUGGCUUGUGCCGUGUUUGUGUGUGUGAGUGGACACGUGGCGUUGACGUACCCUCCAGCAAGGAGGUUCGAUUUGGACUUUUUAGACAAUUCCAGGACGAAACCGCCAUGCGGGAUGCCCAAAGGAACAUUAAAAACAUCAUUUGUUGCGGGUUCAACAUUUACAGUCCAUUGGCAUUUGGCGUAUGCGCAUCGUGGUGGAUUCAGUUUGAGAAUAUUAGAUGAGCUGGAACGGCCAGUUCUGGACCUGACACCGAGAGCAGCUGGCUCUGAAUUCGUGCGAGAUGACGUUACGGCCCAAAAAUACGAAGUCCGUCUGCCCGGCGACUUCACCUGUGAGAACUGCACGUUACAACUGCAACGAGAGGCUGGCGAAUGGGGCGCCAACUACCGGUUCUGGUCCUGCGCUGACAUCGAUAUUGUGCCUCGCAAAGACUACCACGAGACCUGUUCCGGAAAGGGUUUCCACAUCCUAGGCCGUUGCAAAUGCAACAAGAUGUACUACGGGUCUCGCUGCCAGUUCUCUGACGAGUGUCUGGAGGAUACCGACUGUGGACUCCGAGGGAAGUGUAUGGAGACCAACUCCACUGAGGCUCCAGCUAAAGUGUGCUAUUGUCCGUUCGGGUUCUACGGGAAAGGGUGUAAUAAGAAGGCACCAUGGAAGGACAAGAAGGUGAACUUAGGUCUUUACACAAAGAAGGAGCUUUCAAAGGAGUUCAAUUUGUACUGGAGGGUGCUGAAGGAUGAAGCGGAGAUUGAGGUCAUCAUGAUGGUCAACGGAACAUCGUAUGCUGGUUUGGGCUGGCGACCAAGUGGACUGACGAAAGAAUGUAAAAACUUUCCAGUGUUGGGGCCUUCUAUUGACGAAAAACAGAGUACGCCAAAACCAGAGCCGUUACCCGAACCGGAGCCCAAAGCGGAACCGGAGCCGAAAGCGGAGCCAGAACCAUCGGCUGAACCCGCGGCCGAACCAGCUGCCGAACCCGUGGCCGAACCGAGCGCCGAACCCGUGGCGAAGCCCGAACCGAGCGCCGAGCCUGAGCCAACGGCAGAACCCAAACCCGAGCCAGAACCCACUUCAGAGCCGGCGCCCGAGCCAGAAGCCACUUCAACUUCUCCAAUAGAGAGCGACAACCGCAACAAACGCGUGGCGAUGCAUUCGCUAGACGGAUUCGACUUCAAAAACUUGGGAAACGACGUCACUGUCAAGACGAGCAUAUCGUACAAAGUUUCUAGUUCUAAAGGACGCCGAAAACGCGAAACAUCAACCAACAGCAAUGUGGAAACAACGACCUCUUUUGUCCCUGAAACCACCCCUAUCCCUGAACCCGAACCUACCUCCGCGCCAGAACCCACCCCAGAACCCAAAUCUGAGUCUACCCCAAAGCCUAAAUCUAAACCAAAGUUUGCACCAAAGUCUAAACGCUUACCACUUAACCAUUCCGCGCUGAAUCCCAUUCCGGGAACUAAAUCGGUGCUAGAGCCCAAGGCUGCAUCUAAGCUUGAGGUAGAGCCUACGCCUGAACCUACCUCAGAACCCACUUCUGAGCCAGAACCCACUUCUGAACCUACAUCAGAACCGGAACCUACAGCUGAGCCUAAAUCUGAGCCAGAACCUACAGCGGAGCCUAAAUCAGAGCCAGAACCUAAUCCAGAGCCAAAAUUUGAGCCUGAACCCACGGCCGAACCCAAAUCUGAACCUGAACCAUCCCCAGAACCGAAAUCAGAGCCCGAACCCACGCCAGAACCCAAAUCAGAGCCAGAACCGUCCCCCGAACCGAAAUCAGAACCAAGCCCUCAACCAGAGCCAAAAGCCGAGCCUGAGCCUUCCCCGGAACCCAAAUCAGAACCCGAACCCUCCCCAGAACCCAAAUCCGAGCCAGAACCUUCUCCAGAACCCAAAUCAGAACCCGAACCCUCCCCAGAACCCAAAUCUGAGCCAGAACCAUCCCCAGAACCGAAAUCUGAGCCAGAACCAUCCCCAGAACCCAAAUCUGAGCCAGAACCCUCCCCAGAACCGAAAUCUGAGCCAGAACCAUCCCCAGAACCCAAAUCUAAGCCAGAACCAUCCCCAGAACCCACUAAAGCCGAGUCGGAUACCGAGAUAUUGCUAGUCAAGGGACUUACCGAAGAAGCAGGCUACUUCCCUGCACACGAAUACACUCCCAAGUUCGAUUUCAACCCCAUGGACUGUACCGAUAUCGUCAUAGGCACCGCUAGAGGGAACUACCAUCGCGUUCUGGACUAUUACACUAGAGACAGGUCUACCCCACGCGUGGACACCUUCUGGGGAGGCCACGAUGACGUCACAGCAGCCGCUGGGUUCGAGGAGAAUGGCGUCACCACCAUUAUGUUCAGGAAGAAGAUUAAGGCCAAAGAACCCACCGACCACUCCAUAGUGGAUGACCUGAUGCAUAUCAUCUGGGCGAGGGGACAGGAGCCCAACAAAUAUGUGCACUCGCCCCCCUCGGGCAUAGAAAAGGGGACGGCUGCUACCGGAGACUUCUACAGGCAAGACGAGUUGAAGUACCACGGGCAUGGAUCGCAGCGGGGAGUGACGAGGAUCAACUUCUUUGAAGAAGCAAAGUCCUCCUUCUCCGGCGGAGUCUUCGCCCUCCCCGACAAAUGUGGGGGGUACUGGCAACACCCCGCCAACUGCAGUGUUGCCAACAAUACCUGCGAAUACCACGCCUCCUGGGAGUAUCUCGGAUUGAAGAGGGGGAAGGAUUCCAUCAGGUUUACUAUCAAGACCAAGCAUACGAAUCAGUGGACGGGGAUUGGGUUCAGCAAUGAUAGGAAAAUGUCUCAAACAGACGCGGUCAUCGGCUGGGUGGAAUCCCGGUCGGGAAGGCCAUUCCUGAUGGACACCUGGGUGUCAGGCUACUCCGCACCCAGGGUCGACCCGCGCCAGGAUCUGAACAAGCAAUCUGGCAGCCUGGUGGACGGGGUGACUACCCUCACCUUUGUUAGGAAGAGGGACACUGGCGACCAGAAGGAUCUCGCGUUCACAGAUACCCAGUGCCUGUACAUGAUGUUCAUCACGCAAGGCGGAACCUUCGAGCCAGUGAACAAGCGCACCAGCAAGCAUUUGCAGACGCCCGUCAUAUCAGAGAAUAGGGUCUGCAUCAAGCCUUGUGGUCCUGAGCCCCCAGAAGAGGAACUAACCACCGAGCCAGCCAUCCCAGGCCUCACCGCUUAUACCAUGCUAAUCCGGAUAACCGGUUUAGCUGACAGCUUCCGACCGCCUGCGCCCGGGACUAAGGAAUACGAAGAGUUGAGCAAGCAAGUGGCUGAUAGCUUGGCCAGUGAGAUGAAGAGCACUAAGGGCUUCCAGGGUGUGAUUGUUAACGGGUUUAUGCAGUCUAAGGAAUACGAAGAGUUGAGCAAGCAGGUGGCUGAUAGCUUAGCCAGUGAGAUGAAGAGCACUAAGGGCUUCCAGGGUGUGAUUGUUAACGGAUUUAUGCAGAACGAAACAAAAGCAAUAAUCGCCGAACUGACUCUCAAAUCGAUCGACUCCAACCUAAUCGAAGGCUCGAGCGCGCGCUCGCUCGAUGGCGCCGUCUCUGUCGCGGCCAACGAGACAGACAAGGACGGCGAUAAGGUGAAGUGGGAGGCGGCGGUGAGAGAGACGCUUGCGCUAGGAAGAGUGGGAAAUGUGAACGUGGAUCCAGACUUCUUGGUGUUUGAACCUAUGAGCAUCGUAUCAUAUCGCCCGCAAGAGGAAGAAUCGGACAGCGCUCGUUCCUUCUUCGGCCUAGCUGAAACAAAGCUGUAUGUAGUGGCCGGUUGUGUAGCUGCCCUUAUACUGGUGGCUCUACUUCAAGCAGUUUGCACGCUGUACGGCGGUCGUGGAGCUAGCAAGGGCAAGGACCAGCUAAUCCCCUCAUCGGCGUGGAAGGACUACUCCUCAUCGAACACCAACUACGCCUUCGAGCCCUUCGAGAACGACGACAAGUUCGCCACCGCCUCCACCGCGCCGCGCUCGCGCCCGCCGUCCGGCGCGCCGCCGCUACGCCCCACCGGCCCGCCGCCGCCCAGGCCCAGUAGUGCGCACAGGAUGACGCCGGUCAAGACGCCAACCAACGGCCACAAGUUGUCAGCCAACGGCAACGGCCGCAAGUCGCCGGCGCACGCUAACGGUCGCACGCCGCGCCCUGCUAACAGCGCAGCACAGUAUUAUCAUGACACGCGAUCGCUGCAGCGGCCAAGACAGCAAUAUGGGUACGUGGGUCGCGGAGCACACGGCGGAGGCAACGAUCGCGCGACGUACUCGCUACCGCGAGGCCGCGCCGACGCGACGCACGCGCAACCUGACUUCUACUUUAUGCCGUCGCAGCGGAAGUAUGAAGGUGAAGUGGUUAGAGUCUACGUGGAUUAUCGAGGGAAUGAUUAGGGGUUAGGUACCAGAAGAAACCUGGGGUUUCGUGGUGACAAAGUAACCAAAAAGUUCAACACGUCUUUGUUACAAUGAGGGUUUUCGCGAAUGAAAGAUCCGCUAGAUGGCGGGACGUGGAUGUGGGGUCUGACUGCUGCGUGAUUAGUGGAUUUUGACAUAUCUGUCAAUGUCAUGUCAAAAAUAACCAAUCAUGCAGCAUUUGGACCUCGCGUCUACGUAUUGCCAUCUGGCGGAUUUUUCAUUCGCGAAAACCCUCAUUGGAAUACAGCUGUGUUGUCAAGUUUUUGGCUAAUUUGGGUGCCACGAAGUUUAGAGGGAAAAUUAGGAUUUACACUGUUAGAAGUUGGACUUUAAAGGACUGGAUUUGAGUAGGGCUUCCACUGCUAGUAAUAGGAGUUUGUAGGAGCAUAUUAGGGGAAUGACAAGGGUGUCAUUGCUAGUGCCUAAGAUUGUUUAUGAUGACUAGGGUUUCCACCGCUACUAUGGCUGUUUAGGGGCAUAUUGUUAUAAGGAAUAGGCUUUAGGCACUUAACGCUGGUAGUUGUAGGGCCCUGUAGGUAUUAUUGAAGUUUCAACCGG